AUCCAUGUUAUCGGGGAGGCAGUGAGUGAGAUCAUUGAAACAGCUCCCCUGUUACACACAGCGUUACUACCCCUAGAGCUGUGUACAUUCUAAGUCACCUGCGAACUGCAACAAUAAUGCAGCAUGAGUCGCGCAACAUGAAUCGUCAGCAGGACGCCAAGGGAGUAAUCUUGACCGGGUAUUUUAGCAAUAGUGAAGUUUCACCUCCCGCCUCAGUUGUCAAUAAUGCCGAAGAGAUCGAGUCUUCAUCGUUGAGUCGCAGGACCGGCCUCUACAGUGUCCAGAGCCGGCCCAAAAAUGCCUCAGGAAAGCCCCCAUACCACUGCUGUAACUCCCGGGACUCACUGGACGAGCUGUUCAUGGAUGAAUACUGGACAGAGGUGGAGAACAUCACCCUUAGCGGCGAGGGAAAGGGGGAUGCAGAGCCACAGGAGGUGGUGCAGCUGAAGUUGCCUGAUGAGGGGGAACAGGAGAAGGCAUGGCUGACUGAGGCAGGGUUGGCCCCUCUGUUUGACGAGUCGGCGUCUGACCCCGAGGACAUGAUGGGGCUGUUGUUCACACUGACGCGCACACAGGCUGCAGCCGUAGAGAAACGUUUUGAAACCAUCAGGAAGAGGAACAAGCAGCACCACAUACCUGACGUCAGAGACAUCUUCAAACUCCCAGGCACACUGGAGUCAAAGGAGGAUGAAGCAAAGUCAACAGAGAAAAAAACAGAAAACAGAAAAAUGAAUAUUACGACAGAUGGUCAGGUGGUGGGGCAGGGGAAUGGGGCUGGCCCUUCUGAGCAGAGUGUGUCUGAACCUGAGACUGACAUCAACCUAGAGCUGUCCUUCUCUGAUCAGGCCCUCAGCUAUAAGGAGGACUCAAAGGCCAGCAGUGAGGCUCUGACGGACACAGACGAUAAGCUACCUAACUUCAAGCUAAGCAGAGACAAGACUGGGCUGACCAAGAUGGGGGACCUGUCCCCUCAGGAUAUGAAGAAGGUGCACCGCCUGGUACUGAUAGAGAUGACCGCUCUGUUUGACACGGCAGGCAUCGACCUCAAGGCCCACAAAGCAGUCAAACUCAAGGUCAAAGAGUCUGGCCUGUUUGGAGUUCCCCUGGCCGCCCUAUUGGAGCAGGACCAGAGGAGACAGCCAGGGACCAAGGUGCCAAUCAUACUGCAGAGGCUGAUCUUUCACAUAGAGGAGGAAGGUCUGGACACAGAGUGGCUUCUACGGAUACCCGGAUCAGCCACAAGAGUCAAGGCGGUGCAUGUGGAGCUGGAGGGGAAGUUCUAUGAGGGCCUGUUCUCAUGGGAGAGUCUGAAGCAGCACGAUGCAGCCAGCCUGCUCAAGCUCUUCAUUCGGGAGCUGCCCCACCCACUGCUCACUGUGGAGUACCUCAUUGCUUUCAUGGCAGUGCUCAAACUGCCCACUAAGACGCAACAGCUGCAGGCUCUCAACUUAGUGGUUCUGCUACUUCCAGAGUCCAGCCGUGAUGUACUGAAGGCGCUGAUGGAGUUCCUUCAGAGGGUCAUAGACCACAAAGAGCAGAACAAGAUGACCUUGAACAACGUUGCCGUGGUGAUGGCUCCAAACAUAUUCAUGUUUAAAGGCUUCCGCAACAAGAUCAGUAUGCAGCAGGAAUUAUCCAUGGCCACAGAGACCGCCAACAUCGUCCGACUGCUCAUCCGAUACCAAAACCUGCUCUGGACGAUUCCUAAAUUCAUAAUGAACCAAGUCAGGAAACAAAACACGGAGAACCAGAAGAAAAUUAGCAAAGAGCGUGCCAUGAGGAAACUCUUAAAGAAGAUUGCUUAUGACCGAGAGAAACCCGAAAAACAGGAGAAACCCCCCUCAGAGGCGGACAGUAGUUCUCAGGGCUUCAUCAGGGUCCAGGCCCCUCAGUUCUCUAAGGUCUCCAUGGCUGUCCAGUUGACUGAAGAGCUGCAGGCGUCUGACGUCCUCAGUCACUUCCUCAGCCAGAAGAGCUCUGUGUCUGUGAAGAGAGAAGACCUGUGCCUUUAUGAAAUAGGGGGCAAUAUCAAGGAGCGCUGUCUGGAUGAGGAUACCUAUAUGAAAGACCUGUUGGAGCUGAACCCCAGUGCAAAGUGGGUCAUCAAGUGGGUCAUCCAGAGAUAGGAUACUCACACCCUGCCAGCCAUGUCUUAAAUGUCCAAUGCAGCCAUUUUUAUCUCAAUAUCAAAUAAUUUCUGGGUAACAAAUAAAGUACCUUACUGUAAUUGUUUUCUAUUGAAAUGGUAAAAAUCAAACAAAAAUAGCUUAUUUGCAAAGGGCAAUUUCUCAAGCAUGAAUUUUGAUAAGACUGUCGGGUCUGAGUGAGGGGCCUGAUUGCACGAGCCUAAUGGGAGGGAUAUGUAACCUGAUAACUAGCUGUUAUUUGCAGAGAGGUCGCUAGGCAGGCCUCACUCCAUCCCACUGAAACAGGCUGAAAUUUCAGGCGGUCUUUUCAAACGGCUCUUGCACUAAAAGGGCAUUAUCAUAAUUUUUACAAUUUCACAGACUUUUUCCAACCUCAUAGUGUGGAAAUAUACAUUCACUGUCCAGUUUAUUAGGUACACCCAUCUAGUACCUGGAAGGACCCCCACCUUUGCUUCCAGAAAAGCCUGAAUUCUUUGUGGCGUGGUUUCUACAAAAUGUGGCAUUCAAACAUUGCUAAAUUGGUAUCAUGGGUCCUAAUGUGUGCCAGGAAAACAUUCACCACACCAUUACACCACCGGCACCAGCAUGUACCGUUGACACCAGACAGGAUUGGUCCAUGGACUUAUGCUGCUAAUGCUAAAUCCUGAUUCUGCCAUCCGCAUGAUGCAACUGGAACCGGGAUUCGUCAGAGCAGGCAAUGUUUUUCCACUCCUCAAUUGUCCACUGGAACCACUUUAUGUUUUUAGCUGAUCGGCGUGGAACCUGAUGUGGUCGUCUGCUGCAAUAGCCCAUCCGUGACAAUGAUCGACGAGUUGUGAGUUCCGAGAUGGCGUUCUGCACACCACUGUUGUACUGCACUGUUAUUUGCCUAUUUGUGGCCCGUCUGCUUGCGCGAUUCUUGCCAUUCUCCUUCUCCAUUCUCCUCUCUCAUCAACGAGCUGUGUUCGCCCAUAGGACUGCCGCUGACUGGAUGUUUUUUCGCAUCAUUCUUGGUAAUCCCUAGACACUGUCGUGCGUGAAAAGCCCAGGAGGCCGGCCAUUUCUGAGAUACUGGAAUCGGUGCGCCUGACACUGAUGAUCAUACCAUGCUCAAAGUCCCUUAGCUCACAAAUAUUUCCCAUCCUAACGUUCAAUUGAACGCCUCGAUGACUUUCUGCCUGCUUUAUAUAGCAAGCCACGGCCACGUUUCUAAUUGUCUAUUGGUGCGAUGCAUCUUUGUGAACGGGGUGUUGUACCUAAUAAACUGGCCAGUGAGUGUAUAUACAACAUAUGAAUAUCACGUUUUUGAGUGCACUGGGCCUUUAAAGGAUAACGGACGUGGGUAACAUUAAGGCUGACAACUGGACCCAGCAGGACAGGUAUUACAGAAGUGUUAAAGUUGUCCUUUGGUGCUGUAGUUUAGAAUACAGUUUAAGUAGAUGAGGGCUCUUCCUCUGAAAUGUAUGCCCUGUGGUGUGUUAGGUCCACAUGUGUACAGGGUAUUUACUGUUUGGGAUAAAGCACUCCCCUGAUUGACAUGUAUGCUACUGGAAGUCCAACUGCCAAGAGCUUGAGGAGUUGAGGAGAGCCACUGAACUAUAAUCUGUGGUGGUAUUGAUCAAUACAGUAAAUGCCCCAAACCAAGAAAACAACAGUUGAGGAAACAGUAUAUUGUAAUGGAUUGCUCUAAAAAUGACAAAGACAAUGUUUUUACAUUCAAUGAUAGACAUUUAUGACAUAAUUUAAAUACUAAUAGGAUUUUCUUUACUCUGCUUAUUCUCUAUCGUAAGAUAACUAAAACGUAGCAUAUAGGCCUCCCCAAACUACCAGGGUCAAUUCUAUUCUAUUUCAGUUUCAGUCCAUUCAGAAAGUACCCUGACAUUCCAAUUCUCUUCAAUGCUUUUCAAUUGGGAAGAAUUGGGAUUGGAAUUUGGUUUACUUUCUUAAUGGACUAGAAUUUAAAUGGGAUUGACCUCAACCCUGCUAGCUAAAAUUGUGUUCAUAUGAAUAUGUGUUGGGUAGAUGUGUUUUGGUAGAACCGGUUCUCAAGCUGUGGUCCUAAGCUAGCAUUCCAGGUUGCUUCCUAAUAACAUUAACAUGUGUAGUUCUCAAAAGGUACUUUCGAUGGCGGGAUCAGAUUUGAAUAAUGCAAUGUAUGUCUGAUCAUUUCAAUUUAAAAAACAUGAAUAACAUUAUUUCAGAUAUGUACUGUAUUUUAUACACUCUACCUGCCCUUAUGUUGUUCUUGAUACUGUGAAUAUGACUGGAAAGAUGUUCCAUUUGAUGUUGUAUACUGUAUGUUAUACUGCUUCUGAAAUGACCACUAAACUUUUUGUAAAUAAAUGUGUAAUUGCUCCUAUUUAGUGUGUAAUGUUCUCAUGUAUACACAAUAAAAUACAUUAAAAACAA